AUCCUAAAGCCUUCAGUGCCUCAGAAAACCCUUCCAUAAGAAUUGGAUACUGUUGUGAGAGCUGCCCUCAUUGUCUUUGGUUGUCUACAACUACAAGUCCUUCAUGAGAAUUGGAAAGAGUAUAUAGAAAAAAAACCUUGUCGUUUUAGUUUUGGGUACCCCAAGCAAGAGCGCCACCAUUCACUCGAAGGUGGGCCUGCCCCUCGUCGCAUCGCUCGACUCCAACUAUAGUCAACUCCCAUAAACAAACGAUCUUCUCCUUUACCCUCCCUUUCCCAAAAGGUCAACUCUUCCAUCCCCUCCACUCGCCGAUCCCCAAAAUCCAAAGCCCAAGGAAACAAAAUGGGCAAUGGCAUCACCAAGAACCCAUGCUUCUCCGGUGACUCGUACGCCGCCGCCGUCGCGUCUGACCCGCUCCCGGACGACAGCCAUGGUCACUCCUUCACCUACGUGCCAUCGGGCGCCGCCUUCGACCAGCCCCAGACGUCUGCCGCGACGUCGUCGGAGUCGUCGUUCUUCUCUCUGUCCGGCGCCGCCAUCAGCGCCAAUCCGGCGACGUCGGCGUCGAUGCCGUCGUUCCGCCUUUUUAACGAGCUGACGUGGCCGCCGUCGACCGCGUGCACCUUCGAGAGCUCGCGGUCCUUCUCUGCCAUUCCUCUCCAGGCGGCGCCGCCUAGACUUUCCAUGUCCGGGCCGGUCCAGUUCACGUCCGGCCGGUUCUCCGAGACAUCCGGCUCCACGUCCACGAUCUCCGGCACGCCCUCAGACCGCCCAUUCAUGUCAGGGCCGCUCGACCACUCCUUGUCCAUCUCCUCGUCGUCCGCGGGGCUCCUCCAUCCGAGCGUUUCUCAGCUCAUCGCUGAGCGCCGCGCCGCGCGCUCCCGACUCCGGGAUGAGCGAUCCCUGCUACGGUUCUUCGUCAGGACCGCCUCCAAACUCUGGCUCGGGUCGCCGCGCUAUGGCCGCCGGCCACAGGAACCUGCUGAUCCGAUAAAGUUCUCCUUCAGCGAUGGGGACUACCGCUCGCCGCCGAACAGCAAUGUGGAGUGGGCUCAGGGCAUGGCCGGCGAGGACCGCUUCCACGUCGCGGUGUCCGAGGAGCACGGCUGGGUGUUCGUCGGAAUUUACGACGGGUUCAACGGCCCCGACGCGACCGAUUACCUCUUCGCCAACCUCUACGUCGCCGUGCACAACGAGCUCAAAGGCUUGCUCUGGGACGGCAUCCAAGCAGGCGACAGCGCCAGGUGCGGUGAGCAAGAAGCGGGCGCAGGCAAUGCCGAACGCCUCUGUAUUGCUCAGGCCGACGGGGACGGCGCGGAGGCUAAGCGCAGACGGACGGAAGUGCCCAUGCCAGGCAACAGCGCCACGCCAGUGCACCGCGACGUCCUGAGGGCGCUGGCGCGGGCACUGAAGAAGACGGAGGAGGCGUUCUUCGCGGCGGCGGAGGAACGCGCGGCCGAGAGCCCGGAGCUGGGGCUGAUGGGGUCCUGCGUGCUGGUGAUGGUGAUGAAGGGCACGGACGUUUACGUGAUGAACGUCGGGGACAGCCGCGCCGUGCUGGCGCGGAGGCCGGAGCCCGACCUGAAGAACGUCCUCGGCAAGGCGUCGCAGGACCUGCAGCAGUUCAAGGUGGAGAUCAUGCGCGAGCUGGAGGCGCACGACAUGGACGGCCUGCAGGCCGUGCAGCUCACCCCAGAGCACAGCACCGCGGUCCAGGAGGAGGUGACGAGGAUCAAAGGCCAGCAUCUGAAUGAUCGGAACGCGAUAGUCAAUGGUCGGGUCAAGGGGAAGAUCAACGUCACCAGAGCGUUCGGGGUCGCCUACCUGAAGCAGCCCAAGUGGAACAGCAGGCUUCUGGAAGCCUUCAAGAUCAACUACGUCGGCACUGACCCGUACGUGACCUGCGCGCCGUCGCUGUGCCACCACCGCAUCGGCUCGCAGGACAAGUUCCUGGUGCUGUCCUCCGACGGGCUCUACCAGUUCUUCACCAACAAGGAGGUGGUGGACCAGGUGGAGGCGUUCACCGCCGCGGAGCCCGACGGCGACCCCGCGCAGCACCUCGUCGGGGAGCUCGUCAACCGCGCCGCGAGGAAGGCCGGCAUGGAGACGCGCCAGCUGCUGGACAUCCCGCGCGGCGCGAGGAGGCACUACCACGACGACGUCUCCAUCAUCGUCAUCUCGUUCGAGGGGCGGAUCUGGAGGUCGUCUGUCUAGGUGUGUCGUGUCUGAGUCUGACGUGGUUUUCAGAGGUCCAAGGCGUCCUCGUAGGUCAGAUGAGGAGGAGAGAUGGAAUGAGGAGGCGAUGGUCGACAGUCUCAAGGGCGAGGGCACGGCGCUGCCAUGAGCUGCCUUCAGUGUCCGGCUAUCGUUUUUGGUUUACCUUAUACCAUAUACUAGAGCCAUGUUCGUUCUUGCCGAAACUGUUGUACAUAGUUCCGCAAGACGAACUCUAAUAGCAAAGAAAAGAAGAAAAGAAAAUGCAGUAUUAGUAUGUAAUUAGGGGUUUCGCAUCAAAAGAAGAAGUGGUUAGUAUCUGCAUUUAGUAAGUAGUAA